AUGUCAUCAGGUGGCAUGUUCGGAUAUGAGAACAAACUGGAAAAUAUGCCCACUGACGCCCAAAGCGAUGCCCGCUCCUUCCUGACUGAGGAGAUGAUUGCAGAGUUCAAGGCUGCAUUCGACAUGUUCGACACUGACGGUGGCGGUGACAUCAGCACCAAGGAGUUGGGGCAGGUGAUGAGGAUGCUGGGUCAGAACCCGUCGAGGGAGGAGCUGGAUGCCAUCAUUGAGGAGGUGGAUGAGGACGGCAGCGGUACCAUCGACUUCGAGGAGUUCUUGGUCAUGAUGGUGCAACAGCUCAAGGAGGACCAGGCUGGAAAGAGUGAAGAAGAGCUUUCAGAAUGCUUCCGUAUUUUUGACAAGAACGGAGAUGGUUUCGUCGACCGGGAGGAGUUUGGAGAGAUCCUCCAUCUCACCGGAGAGCCGGUGGUAGAGGAGGACAUCGACGAGAUGUUCGGCGAAGGAGACACAAACAAAGACGGAAAGAUUGAUUUUGAUGAGUUUCUGAAGAUGAUGGAGAACGUCCAGUAGCGAGGACCAGCUCUACAUUCCUUGGUCA